UGUCAUUUCUUGUUGAGCGGCGUGAACUGUUUGAAUGGAGCUGCAGUUCGUGAGUGAAAAACACGUAGACAAUUUUAAUCGCGUGAUCGAAGUUUGCAACCCUGGCGGCACACGGGAGGUCAGUGGACGUCACGCAGUUAUUAUCGUUGAACGAAGAGGGAUUUGCUGUAAAUCUAUCAACUCGGUGUAAAAUACAUAAAAUUCCUGGGAUUCUCUCGCGGUUGAACAUUGCGGGUCAGUGCGGGAGGGCCUCAGGUAAAAAAACAACGACUGGUAACAGUGAACGUAAACUUUCGUCGUGAAAUCAAUCCCACCCUGGUUAUACUGCCGUCGCCGAGUGUAAUCAUUGUAUGUUCACGGUGCCGUGUUCCGUGGCCGAGAAACUGUUAAGUGUAUAGAAAACGUUAAAAACUACUCCUUUUUGAACCUGACAUUACACUCGGUCCAUCCCCUUGGACAGAGAGAUUGUAUAGCAGGUUAUGUCAGCUGGAUUGGCAGGGGCUGUUUCAGAUCAGCGGAUGAAAGGACAAUCUAACAAUCAGGUAAGCAAUGGUCCCAAAGAGCACCAGCAGCAGCAACAACAAGCGGAGCACGUGGCUGGGGAGGAUGCAGGGUUUGAUUCAUGGAGAGGCGGGAAUAAUGUUCAACAUCACUCGAGCUACCCAAUUGGUACGGGAGACCCAUACACACCGUACUACGGGACAUCAUUUCCCUAUCAGGCGUUUGGCGCGGGAGACGGAACUUGGUCGAAUGGAACGGAUCCCGUUGCAUUCCUGUCAGGGUAUGGAGGACAAAUGGGACAUGAUUCGUACGGAAUGGACGGAAUGUUUUCGGCGAGUGCCGGUGGAGGUUUUAGCACCUUCGGCCAGCCAACGUUCAAUUACUUCCAUGGAAAUGGGGACUAUAGCACCUGGGGCACGCCAAGGAAAGCUCGGUACGAAGACUAUUAUCAGGCACCGAGAGGUAAUGAGAGUUAUCCGACGCCCAGUGGUGGCGCAGAAAUGAAGUCUAUAGAGCAAAGCGUACAAGGUUUGUCUAUUGGAGGUGAACCGUCACGACAGGAACAGCAGUUACCAUCUAAUCAGCAGUCUAACAAAUCUGAGUCAAAAGAACCCAAGAAAAUGACAUGGGCCAGUGUUGCCAGCCAGCCUGCAAAACCUGUACCACCUCUUUCUGCUUCUCAGGGUAUGAAGAAGAAAGCAGGAAUGCCACCGCCUCCGAUGGUGCCUGGAAAACAUAAUAUGGACAUUGGGACUUGGGGCGAAGGUAAAACUUCAGCUCCCCCACCAAAGGCCCCUCCCCCACCGCAAGUACAACCUCCCGUUCCGCCACCUCCACCUCCUGUUCAAAGGCAAAGGCCACGAUCACUUCCUUCUUGGGUUCAGCAACCAACAACCCCGCCUUCACCCCCUCCACCUCAAAUGCAGAUCCCGCAACAACAAGUUCCCCCACCCCCGACGCACCCUGUACUACAUGAGUUGAAGGUAAAGAAUGAUUACAAUCCUACAGAAUUUGACCAGUCCGCUCCUGGUGCAAGGUUUUUUGUCAUUAAAUCGUAUUCCGAGGAUGAUAUUCAUAGAUCUAUCAAGUACGAAAUUUGGUGCAGUACGGAGCAUGGCAACAAGAGACUAGACCAGGCUUACAGAGAUGCCAGUAGGGAUGGCGCACCGUUGUAUCUGUUUUUUUCUGUUAAUGGAUCGGGACAUUUUUGCGGCAUGGCGCAAAUGGUUUCUUCGGUUGAUUACCAAAGCAACAGCUCUGUUUGGUCACAAGAUAAAUGGAAAGGACAAUUUAGAGUGCGUUGGAUUUAUGUUAAGGAUGUUCCUAACGUCCAGUUGCGACACAUUCGUUUGGAGAAUAAUGAAAAUAAACCCGUAACCAAUUCAAGAGAUGCUCAGGAAGUACCACACGCACGGGGACUACAAGUUUUACGUAUUUUGCACACUUAUCGCCACUCUACUAGUAUUUUUGACGAUUUUGGACACUAUGAACGACGGCAGGCUGAAGAAGAUCAACGAAAGGCACCGCCUAAUCCCAUACAACAUCAUCCUCCUCCCAAUCACAGGGGUAGGGGUCAUUCCGGUGAACCUCCUCAUCCGCACCACCAGCAGCACCAACAACAGCAGCACCCACACCAACACCAACAUCAGCAUCCACAUCAGCAUCAGCGGAAGGAACGCGAAGGUGGCCGAGGAAGAGGCCGCGGCGGACCACGCCAGUAGCAAAGAUUACAAAAAAAACAUAAAAAUAAUAAUAACCACCAUGAAAGAAGGACGCUCCGAAUAAUUAUCAAAAUAUUAAUUACCCCUUUGCUUCUUCCCUGGACCUUUGAAAGCCUUCUCACUGCUGUGACUGGACUCUCGUCGUUGAAGCUAUCCCCUUUCAUUGCACGAUUGAACUGUACGAUAAUUAGUAUUGGGUUCAACAUCAUAAUGAUUAUGUUACAACAAUUAUUGUGCACGAAAUUAUUCAAUUUCAACGGAUGUUGGUAAACUUGGAAAUGUUUACAAGCAUAAAGUGUUGUGGAUAUCGUGUAAAUGGGCGAAUGGUGUAAACGUACAAAUUUAAAAGAAAAAAAGAACGCAGAACUGACAGAAAAAAAAAAAACUAUGA